AGAAACUCAAUUUCUUGGCCGAGCGACAUUUGCGAGUUCUGAGUGGUACCUCUCAUUGUCUUCCCAAAUUCAAAACUCAAAUUGGUGUUCUCUCCAAUUUAGAAAACGUUAAAACCAACAGAAACCAAAACAAAUAUUUUUAGAACCAAACAAGAAAAAAACACAUUGAGUAGCAUCAUCCCAUGUUCUUGGAACAGCCAAAUAACAUUUUCAUUCUUGAAUAUAACUUGUCUCCCUACAACAAAAGAGGUUUAAAUAGUUGGACAAAAGAAGAUGGGAGCAUAUAGAGCAGAAGACGAUUACGACUACCUCUUCAAGGUGGUCUUAACGGGAGACUCCGGCGUCGGUAAAUCUAACCUGUUAUCUCGUUUCACCAGAAACGACUUCAGCCACGACUCACGCGCAACCAUCGGUGUAGAAUUCGCCACACGUAGCAUCAAAUGCGAUGACAAAAUCGUCAAGGCUCAAAUCUGGGACACGGCCGGCCAAGAAAGGUACCGAGCCAUCACGAGCGCUUACUACCGAGGAGCCGUCGGUGCGUUACUAGUUUACGACGUGACACGUCACGUAACGUUCGAGAAUGUUGAGAGGUGGCUAAAGGAGCUAAGGGACCACACAGACGCAAACAUUGUGAUAAUGCUCGUUGGCAACAAAGCUGAUCUUCGUCAUCUUAGAGCUAUCUCAACGGAAGACGCAAAGGCCUUUGCGGAGAGAGAGAACACUUUUUUCAUGGAGACAUCUGCACUUGAAGCUCUGAACGUUGAGAAUGCUUUCACCGAAGUUUUGACACAGAUUUACAGAGUCGUUAGCAAGAAGGCUCUUGAAGCUGGAGAUGAUCCAACCACGGCUUUGCCUAAAGGACAGACGAUUAAUGUCGGAGGCAGAGAUGAUAUCUCAGCUGUUAAAAAACCUGGUUGCUGCUCUGCUUAGUAACACACACACUUGUCUCUGUCUUUCUUGUAUUUUCAUUUUAACUAAUUAUCAUGCAAAUUUGUACACAUUCUUGUAAUUAUCAGAGAAACAAAGUUCAUACUCAGUGAGGACGUGAUAGACUAGGCCCAGGGCCGCCGGAUUCGGCUGAUUCGGAUCUUCGAAUUUUCAGUACUUUGCUCAUAAGUUCUGUUCGGGUUUUACUAAUUAUUGGUUUGGAUUCGGUUCGGAUCGAUUAUAACCAAUAUCUAAAAUUACCUAAAAAUAUUUUUCAAAAC